UAAAAUACGUUUGAGCGUUAUUUGGGCCAACAAGCAUUUCCAUUUCUUCUCUUCAUAACUUUCCUCUCCGCCUUCUGUUUGUUUUCCGAGAAAAAAAUCAUAUUGUACACAAAUCCAUCGGAAAAUUCAGCAAACCCAUUUCAGAGAAGCAAAAAUUCAACAAUGGCCUUUGAGAAAGAUCUCAACUUGGAAGCCACCGAGCUCCGAUUGGGUCUCCCGGGAACUUCACCCGACGAUCAAUCUAAUUCUCCCAUCAACCGAACCAACUCCAACAAAAGAGCUUUGCCCUCCGACGACCAAAACUCCUCCGAAUCUCGCCGAGAAAUUAACUCUGAUACCUCCAAAUGCAGCCAAGAAAAUACCCCUCCUACCAAGGCACAAGUUGUGGGGUGGCCACCGGUGAGAUCAUUUCGAAAGAAUUCUUUACAAGCAAAGAAAAAAGAAGAGACGGCGGCCGGAAUGUUCAUAAAAGUGAGCAUGGAUGGAGCUCCAUUUCUUAGGAAAGUUGAUCUUAAGAUCUAUCAAGGAUAUCCUGACCUUCUUCAAGCUUUGGAGAACAUGUUCAAAUUUUCUCUUGGCAAGUUUUGUGAGAGAGAAGGAUAUAAUGGGUCGGAAUUUGUUCCAACGUAUGAAGAUAAAGAUGGUGACUGGAUGCUCGUCGGCGAUGUUCCAUGGGAAAUGUUCAUGAGCUCAUGCAAGAAGCUAAGGAUCAUGAAAGGAUCAGAAGCAAAAGGUUUAGGCUGUGGAUCAGUGUGAAAUAAAGAAAGAAAAAAUGAAAGU